AGGGCCCAUUCACACCAACGCAGUGCGUUGCGUUAUAUUUUGACGCAGAUGCAACGCAAUGCGCUGAACUUGUUCACACUGCGUUGCGUUGACGCAUGUCAAAAGGUCAUAUUCCGGGUGCCCGUAUUUUGGAUCAGGAACUUGAUAGGCAUUGUGUUUAAGAGCAGAGUAGGUAAGACAGCUGUUGUUUGGAUAUAAAUUUGAGACGUUUUGGCGAUUGUAUAAUGCCGUUGUAUAUCAAUGAUAGUUAUUAUUUUCAAAACAAUGAAAAAUGUACAAUGAUUUUUAUACAGAUUGAUUAGAUAUCGGUAUGGCAGGUAUGGACUUAGAACAUCUCAUAGUUGAGGUCAGAGAAAGGAAGUGUCUUUACGCUGUAAAAGAAGCAGCCUACAGGGAUACAAUUAAAAAGGGAAAGGCGUGGGAAGAGGUCGCAGAGGCGUUGGGAAGAAGUGUGACAGAUUGUAAGACCAGAUGGAGAUCUACAAAGGAUAGGUAUAGGAAAGAAAAAAGAAGGGAAUCAGAGGCUACGAGGAGUGGGGCAGCAGCAGGGGGAUAUAGAGCAUGGAAGUUCAUGGAGGUGCUAAAGUUCCUAGACGAGCACGUCGACUUUCGAACAACGUCUUCAAAUAUUGACGAGGAUGUCACUCUUGUGGUGCUCCAAGAUGGAAAUAAUGUCCAAAUGAGUGGUGAAGCUGACAACUUACCUAAUAUGAACACCAGUUGCACUACAUCAGCAUCUGAUAAAGAUGCACUUACAAAAGCGACUGAUCUUGACGAAACUAUCAUGAGUCUUGUCAACAAAGAGAGUGAUGAUGCUGAAAAAUUUGCAUUGAGCCUCGUAGAUACUCUACGCAGGCUACCAGUACAACGUUUGCAACUUGCGAAAAUUAAAAUUCACGAGCUUCUGUACAACAUCGAAUUUGGGGAAAUAUAAUUUACUUGGAACACAUUGUUUUCAAUUAU